UUCAUUCUUCGAACACUUUUCUUCAAGAAAUGGAGAAGGUUUAAACUCUAUUGCUUUUUCAAAUACCUUAGAAAGUAUUGUGAGUAGACUUAUUGUUCUAUAAUUUUCCUUAUUAGUCUAUAUUUCUAUAAUGUCUGGAAGAUCGAAUGAACGAGCAAGGUGUUAGUAACUUAGAAACAAAAUCCUAAUAAGAAUGUCUUUAACAACAGAAAGUUAUAAGCCUGCAAGGAAACCUAAACAGACUUUGUGAAUGGGCAGACAAGUGGCAAAUGGUUUCCAACCCUGAAAAAUGUUAUGUCCUUUGUAUCCACCGGAAACAAUUGCCUGUAAUUUAUGACUAUUCGAUAAAAGGAAACAUAUUAAAGCAUGUUGAAAAGCAUCAGGAUCUCGAAGUGACUAUAGCAAGUGAUCUAAAUUGGAAACAUCAUAUAGAAAGCAUAGUUGGUAAAGCCAAUAAAACAUUGGGUUUUAUAAUGCGAAAUUUUAAACACUGUUCACAAGAGAUUAAAAUUCAAGCUCACAUAACAAUUGAACGCCCCAUAUUGGAAUGUUCAUCCACGAAACGUGAGUCAGGCUGCAUGUCUGCCAAAUUGAAAGAAAUGAACUUACCUUCGCUCAAGGGGAGGAGAGAGCAAUCGCGGUUGGCAUUAUUCAGGGAUAUUGUUCAAAAUAAUUCUGCUAUAAAACUUCCAAGUUAUAUAGUGAAAAGGACGAGGAAUACAAGACAUAACAAUACUGACUUCUCUAGCUUCAAUACUGACAUAUGCAAUGUAGGACUGAAUCAUAUAGAAAUAAUUUUUUUUGCGAGAACGAUAAGGGAUUCCUUCAAAUUAGAACAAAGCUUUAGCAAUUAGUAAUUAGAGAAUAUAUUUUAGAGACUUGUAAAUAGGGCUUUAGGUUUUCUAUUGGUUAACUUUACUUUUAAGUCAAUUACCCCUUUGCAGUUAUGCCAGUUGGUUUUGCGAAGUAUUAGCAUAGAUAUAGAUAUAGAUAGAUAUAAAUUUAGAUAAUUCCAACGGCUUUGGAUAAUUAAAUAUUUACUUACUUUAUGCUUGAUUUCCAGUUAAGUCUGUCAUUUACUAGAACUUAAACAUAUUUAACACAUUAUUGUUGUUCAAGCCUUCCAUCAUUAGGUUCAAUUUUGUGGUGUUGCUCGUUCUUUAUGAGUUUAUAAACCAUGUCGAGUAUAAAAAUAUCACUCUUCUCUUACUUCUGCAGCAAAGUGGUAGACGGAGCAUCAAAAACACUACUUGCUGUUAUUCUGACAGCUUUAUUUUACAAUUUCAAUAGGCAAAGAAGUUGUCUCAAAGAAGGAGAACUCUUAGGAAUUAAUAAAAAAGAUCUGAUAUUGGAGGUGAAUAAAAGCGUCCACAUUAGGUACAAAAAAUUUUGGUGAGAUUUAUUUUGGGUGAAGCUGGGCAACCGAAAAUUAAUCCCGUCGAAAUUUUUUGAUACCAAAAUUUUUUUUACCAAAAUUUUCCAAUCCUAGAAAAAACCUCGUUUUAUCUCAAUGGACUUUCAAAAUAACAAAACAAUUUUCCUUGAUAUUGUUUGAAAAUUGUUAUACAUCAAAUAAAUAUCAACAUUCAAUUUCUGGUUCUUCUUCGCAAUCAACAAAAAGAUUCCCAGCUCAUCUUCACUUUCUUCUUUAUGGCCCUCUAAAUCCAGUAGUUUUUUUUGACAGAACUGGUGCAUCUAUUUGCUCUUUAUAGUUUCCCCGAAUAUUUUUUCUAACGUUCCAGAGAUUGCAGUAGAGUACCAAAGAAUAAAUUCAUCAAAAUCUAUUUGAAGCAUUUAUUAAUUUUGACCACAUAAUGUAAAAGAACGGCAUACACAAAUAUGUUUAAAAUUGAACGAAGUUAGAUAUGUUCAAAAUUU